CGAGAGAGAGAGAGAGAGAGAGAGAGAGAGAGUGAGCCACUCACCGCGUUUUCGACAUCCGCCAUGGACUCCAAGUCCCAAUCGAGGUUCCCGCUCGGCAGGCAGUCGUCCCUCGCGCCCCGUUCCGAGAGCUCUCUGGACGCCGACCUGGACGGCCCGGAGGUGGUUGACCCUGGGGUGCGGCUGAUGUACUCCGCGAACGAGGGCGAUUUGGACGCGAUCCGGGAGCUCCUGGACUCCGGGACCAACGUCAAUUUCAGGGACAUCGACGGACGGACGGCUCUCCACAUUGCGGCUUGCCAGGGGAGGACUGACGUCGUGCAGCUGUUGAUCGACAGGGGCGCCGUCGUUGAUCCUAGGGAUCGCUGGGGAAGCACGCCUCUUGCGGACGCAAUAUAUUAUAAGAACCAAGAAGUGAUAAAGCUUUUGGAGAAAAAUGGCGCGCAUCCUCCGAUGGCUCCCAUGCACGUCCAAAAUGCUCGGGAGGUCCCUGAAUACGAAAUCAAUCCAAGUGAGCUUGAUUUUUCGGAUAGCGUGAAUAUAACAAAGGGAACUUUUCGAAGUGCAUUGUGGCGUGGAAUUCAAGUUGCUGUUAAAACACUUGGGGAGGAAGUGUUGACUGAUGAGGAUAAAAUAAAGGCUUUUAGGGAUGAGCUAGCACUUCUUCAGAAGUUGCGCCAUCCAAACAUUGUCCAAUUUUUGGGUGCCGUCACGCAGAGCAGUCCCAUGAUGAUUGUCACAGAAUAUCUUCCAAAGGGAGAUCUGAGAGCAUAUUUGAGACGAAAAGGUGCGUUGAAACCCAUAAUUGCUGUGAGGUUUGCACUGGACAUUGCAAGGGGAAUGAAUUAUUUGCAUGAGCAUAAACCUGAAGCAGUAGUACAUCGGGAUCUCGAGCCUUCAAAUAUACUGCGGGAUGAUUCUGGGCAUCUGAAAGUUGCAGACUUCGGAGUCAGCAAAUUGCUUAAAGUUGCAAAGACAGUCAAAGAAGAUAUAAAAGUUACACGUCAAGACACUUCCUGGCGAUAUGUGGCUCCAGAAGUUUAUAAAAAUGAAGAAUACGAUACCAAGGUGGAUGUGUUUUCAUUUGCUUUGAUCUUGCAAGAGAUGGUUGAAGGUUCUGUACCAUUCCCUUCAAAGCCAGAAUAUGAGGUUCCUAAAUGUUAUGUGGCAAAUGAGCGUCCACCUUUUAAAGCUCCGGCAAAGCAUUAUGCUCAUGGUUUGAAAGAGUUAAUUGAAGAAUGCUGGAAGGAAGAGCCAUUAAAGAGGCCGACAUUCAGCCAAAUAAUUAAGAGGUUGGAUCAAAUUAGUGUCCAGCUUGCUCACUCGGACCGAUGGAAGGCGGGAACAUUCAAAUGUUUUGAGAGCUUUCGGGCAAUUUUCAAGAGGGGUCGCCUAAAUCCAAGCACUCGUUCGUCUCACUACUCAACAAGAUGAAAAUAUUGAUCGCUCUGUCUCUCACAGCUUUGGUGCUGGUCCUGCUGGAUGAACAAUCUUUUUGGCGGAUCUUGUCAUGCAUGCAGUACUCUGUUUCUUUAUCAUUCCAUCAAUGCCCUUCCGCAUUUUGAUGAUUUGAAUUUAACGUCCCAUCAUCAUGUACCUUCGGCACAUGCCAAGCCAUUGUGCAGAUUUUGCGAGGCAGUACCUGCCUUCUCUGUAAAGUCAUAAAGAAAAUGAUUCUCUGUUAUUUCUGCUUUGUUCUCUCUCCAAGCUGCUUUCAAUUAGCUGAGGACUGCCUCCAUUCACAAAAGGCAUCGCGUUGCGAGAUACGUCCACCGAGUCUGAAUGCUAAGCUUGGAGUGACUUUGGAUUGGCUUUGCCGUGAUUAAGUGCGAAGAGAGGGAAUAAUUCCUGAUGUCGGUUCUUGGGCAUUUGACUGAGUUGGAUUUCAACUAUGGAUUAGAAGCAGAGUUUACAUCUUUUUA